GGAUCACGUGGUGCCUGUGGAGGUUCCUUGGAGGAGGCGGGUGGAGCGUGGUGGAGUGGAGACAGGGAGGGGAGGGGAGGCCGGAGGAAGGAAGGCUGUAGUCUGGUCCAUUCGGUGCGCGUGUCAGCGCCGUGCGAGCAGUGCAAAGCCGUCCUCCUCCUGGCCGAGCUUGGCUUGUCGUCUCCUCGCAGCGGACCGAUCGAGAGAGACGCGGAUAUGGAGGAUGUCUGCAAUUACACCCGCAGCCCUGCCUGGGAGGAGCUGGAGCCGGAUAAAGCUCCCGGGUCUGCGGCGAGGAUUCAUCCCCAUGUGGUGGGCGCUGUCUCGGUGUCCGCUGCUGCGGACGAAUCGUCUGACAGCGAGGUGGAGCAGGAGGGUCCCCAGAAACUUAUCCGGAAAGUCUCCACCUCAGGACAGAUCAGAAGCAAGACGAGCAUAAAGGAAGGAUUGUUGCUGAAACAGACCAGCUCCUUCCAGAGGUGGAAGAAGCGUUACUUCAAGCUGAGAGGCCGAACACUCUACUACGCCAAAGACACCAAGUCCGGCAGCGUGUUGGGCCGCUGGCAAGAGCGAGUGCUGCGCCGGGCGUCCCGGAGCCGCAUAUGCUGGCGAGCUCUGUCAGUCUGCUGGACUGGCGCGCGGCACUCACCCCCACCUCUGGGUGCCAGCGGAUCUGAGGAGGGCCUAGUGAGAAUUCGGUCUCUUAUCUUCGAUGAAGUGGAUCUGUCAGAUGCCAGUGUUGCGGAGUCCAGUACCAAGAAUGUCAACAACAGCUUCACAGUGAUCACCCCUUUCCGUAGGCUCAUUCUCUGUGCCGAGAACCGUAAAGAGAUGGAGGACUGGAUCAGCUCGCUCAAGUCCGUCCAGUCCAGAGAGCAUUACGAGACGGCUCAGUUUAAUGUGGAACAUUUCUCAGGGAUGCACAACUGGUACGCCUGCUCGCACGCACGGCCCACCUUUUGCAACGUCUGCAAAGAUAGCUUGUCUGGGGUCACGUCUCACGGCCUCUCCUGCGAAGUGUGCAAAUUCAAGGCCCACAAACGCUGUGCAGUUAGAGCCACUAACAACUGCAAAUGGACAACUCUGGCCUCCAUCGGCAAGGACAUCAUUGAGGAUGAGGAUGGGAUUGCGAUGCCUCACCAGUGGUUGGAGGGCAACCUGCCCGUCAGUGCCAAGUGUGCCGUGUGUGACAAGACAUGCGGCAGUGUGUUGAGGCUGCAGGACUGGCGCUGCCUCUGGUGUAAAGCUAUGGUACACACAGCCUGCAUGGACAUGUACCCUCGUAAGUGUCCUCUUGGUCAGUGCAAAGUAUCCAUCAUCCCCCCAACGGCCCUCAACAGCAUUGACUCAGAUGGCUUUUGGAAGGCCACCUGUCCCCCAUCGUGUGCCAGUCCCCUCUUGGUCUUCGUCAACUCCAAAAGUGGUGACAACCAAGGAGUCAAGUUCCUGCGACGCUUUAAGCAGCUGCUCAACCCAGCACAAGUCUUCGACCUGGUCAACGGCGGCCCGCACCUCGGUCUCCGCCUGUUUCAGAAGUUUGACAACUUCCGAAUCCUAGUGUGUGGUGGUGACGGCAGUGUGGGCUGGGUGCUGUCGGAAAUUGACAAGCUCAACCUACACAAGCAGUGCCAGCUGGGAGUGCUGCCGCUGGGUACAGGCAACGACCUGGCGCGCGUGCUGGGCUGGGGCCCGUCUUGCGACGACGACACGCAGUUACCGCAGACCCUGGAGAAGCUGGAGCGAGCCAGCACCAAGAUGCUGGACCGCUGGAGCAUCAUGACCUACGAGAUCAAGAUCCCUCCCAAGCACAGCUGCCCCGCCACGCCCGAGGGUGCAGACGGUUGCCAGUUUCACAUUUCAGCUUACGAAGAUUCCGUGGCGACUCAUCUCACCAAGAUCCUCAACUCGGAGCAGCACUCUGUGGUCAUUUCCUCCGCCAAGAUCCUGUGUGAAACAGUGAGGGAUUUUGUCACCAAAGUCGGGAAAGCCUAUGAAAAAAGCACAGAGAAUGCCGAGGAGUGUGACUCCAUGUCUCUCAAGUGUGCCAUCCUGAAUGAGAAACUGGACUCCCUCCUCCAAACGCUCAACACUGAGUGCCAGGUCCUGCCUCCACUGCCCCACGCCACUCCUCCUAUCGUUGAGGAGGAGCGGGAGGACGAGGAGGUGGCGGAGGGCGAAGAAGAGGAGAAACCGGAAGAGGAGGUCGCCAGUGAGGAGAGCCUGACGGCACUGAAGGAGAAGCUGGAAGAGGAGGAGACGGAGAAAGGUGGCAGCGGUGGCGCUUUCCCGCAGGCGCUUUUCAAAAGUCGGGAGCAGCUGGUAUUGAGGGCCAACAGUCUGAAGAAAGCUUUGCGGCAGGUCAUCGAGCAAACCGAGAGAGUGGUGGACGAGCAGAAUGCCAACAUAGACGAAUCCGAGCCAACAUCCCCGCUGGAGUUCCGCAAGGACAGUGAGGAGGAGAACCGGGACAGCGAAAAGGAUGAGGACACCAAGGAGCUAGAAGCCCUAGCACCGGUCAAGAGUGUGUGUUCUCCCACAGAGAGGAGGGUGAGUCGCAGCACACAGUCGUACAGUUCCUUCAGCAUUCCACCUUUCACCACCAGCAAGGAGAACCUACCCGUGCUCAACACGCGCAUUAUCUGUCCAGGACUGAGGGCUGGCCUGGCAGCCUCUAUAGCAGGAAGCUCUAUCAUUAGCAAGAUGCUGUUGGCCAACAUCGACCCCUUCGGUGCCACCCCCUUUAUUGACCCUGACCUGGACUCACUAGAGGGCUACAUGGAGAAAUGUGUGAUGAACAACUACUUUGGCAUCGGACUUGAUGCCAAGAUCUCCUUGGAGUUCAACAACAAGCGUGAGGAACAUCCAGAAAAAUGCAGGAGUCGCACCAAGAACAUGAUGUGGUACGGCGUCUUGGGAACCAAGGAGCUCCUCCAGAGGACCUACAAGAACCUGGAGCAGAAAGUCCAACUGGAGUGUGACGGCCAGUACAUCCCGCUGCCCAGUCUUCAGGGUAUCGCAGUGUUGAACAUUCCCAGCUAUGCCGGCGGGACCAACUUCUGGGGCGGCACCAAGGAGGAUGACAUUUUCUGUGCUCCAUCAUUUGAUGAUAAAAUCUUGGAGGUGGUGGCUGUGUUUGGGAGCAUGCAGAUGGCUGUUUCCAGAGUCAUCAAGCUGCAACAUCACCGCAUAGCACAGUGUCGAACAGUGAAGAUCACCAUCCUGGGCGACGAGGGGGUUCCCAUCCAGGUUGACGGGGAGGCGUGGAUCCAGCCGCCAGGAGUCAUCAAAAUCCAGCACAAAAACAGAGCGCAGAUGCUCACACGAGACCGGGCCUUUGAGAACACACUUAAGUCAUGGGAGGACAAGCUGAAGUACGACAAGCCCCCUCUGCGGCCUCACCUCUACCCGCAGCAGUCUGUCGACUUGGCCACAGAGGAAGAGGCCGCUACUGUGCAGCUGUGUGCCCGCGCCGCAGAAGAGCUCAUCACGCGGAUAUGUGAGGCCGCAAAGACCAAUGGACUCUUGGAGCAGGAGUUGGCACACGCCGUGAACGCAGCAUCGCACGCCAUCAACAAAACACAUCCCAAGUUCCCCGAGAGCCUGUCCAGGAACACAGCAAUAGAGGUGGCCAGCACUGUCAAGGCUUUGUACAACGAGACCGAAACCCUUCUUGUGGGGCGGGUCUCUCUGCAAUUGGACCCACCAGAGGAGGAACAACUUUCCAGUGCCUUGCAGAGUGUGGAGUUGGAACUGGGAAAAGUAGGCGACAUAUCGUGGCUCUACCACAUUCUGCAGCCCAAUGAUGAGGAGGACCACUCUCUGGGUUAUGGCAAGAGGAACAGUCGCAGCGGCGUCUUUCGCAUAGUGCCCAAGUUCAAGAAGGAGAAGGCGGCCAAAAAGACCAGCCCGCAGUCAGUGGAGAGAUGGGGCACAGACGAGGUGGGCGUCUGGCUGGAGCAGCUGAGUCUGGGAGAGUACCGGGACACCUUCAUCCGACACGACAUCCGAGGCUCGGAGUUGUUGCACCUGGAGAGGAGGGACCUGAAGGAUCUGGGGAUAUCGAAAGUGGGUCAUAUGAAGAGAAUCCUCCAGGGAACUAAGGACCUGGCCAAGACCUCCAUGGUAGAUCUUUAACCUGGAAGCAGACGCUUCCGAAGAGGGGAAACGCACAAGCAUAUGUUCCCCCCACGUCACUGGAGAAGCUGGCAAUCGGAUCCGUGAAGCCUGUUUCCAAAGUCAAGGAAGAGGAGGGAAGAUUGUGAAGAAUCUUCACAAAAAGCCAUUUCCUUGACAAUUAACCAAUCAUAUUUCACACACAUACACACACACACAUACAGGUAUGCAACUAAACACAGUGCAGAUUUUGUUGUUCAACUUGUGAUAACAAAUAAGUAGCAAAAGCAGGAAAGCAGGACUUCCAUGAGUGGGGAUGUCGUUCUGGUUAAUAUUGUUGUUUAAAACAAAACAGUU